AUGGGACAUCUACAGAUAUCUCAUUCAUUACCAAAGCCAACACAACAGCAACAGCAACAACAUACACCAACAUCUCAAUCACCUCAAUCAACACAGCAGGCACACGUUCAACCGACUGCUGCAGCUGAUCCAGAUGCCGGUCGUCCACAUGGUAUGACCAAGAAGCAAUAUCAAAGAGUGCUACAGCAGCAGGCGAGUGGAGGCGCAGGCGCCCCACCAGCAGCAGGUGGAAGACCAGCAGGUGGCAGACCACCACAGCAGCAGCAACAAGCUGGUGGACAACCAAAGCAACAAGCACAGCCAAGACCACAACAGCCACAACAGCCACAGCAGCCACAACCACAGCCACAGGGAACACCAAAGCAGCAAGCACAGCCACAGGUUCCAAAGCAGGUACAGAAGAAGGAAGGCGAGGAGACAACACCCGUCGUCCCAAAGAGGCCAGUGCACACAACGUCCACGCAGUACGACGACCCCAAGAGACGCGACAAGGUGGCCAAGAAGAAGAUCAUCAACGCCAUGCCCGCACAGAAGCUCAUCCCACUGUUUGCACAUCUGCCUCAGUUUGAGAUCGAGAACAAGCUGGGCAUUGUCUCGAGUGACAUCCACCCAGAGAUCAUCAGUCUCGGUCUAAAGUACGCCACAUUCACAAUCUCUGGCUCCAAUGCUCGUGCCGUCGCAUUGAUGACCACGUUGAAGCAGGUUAUCCGCGACUUUCACCUCCCCGCCGACAAGGACUUUGUUCGCGAGCUCAACCAACACAUCAACCCACUCAUUCAAUUCCUGGUCGACUGUCGUUCAAUCUCCAUCUCUAUGAGUAACUCCAUCGUCUACUUCAAGCAACAAUGUCUCUCAGAGAUCAGCAACCAGCGAUUGACCCAUGAAGAGGCCAAAGAGAGACUAUACGAGAAGAUUGAUUCGUACAUUGAGAGAAUAGGAGUGGCUGAUAGAGUGAUCACAAAGUAUGGAGUUUCAAAGAUUAAGGAUGGCGAUGUGAUCCUCACGUACGCAAGCUCGCAUGUCGUCGAGAUGAUCAUUCAACAGGCACAGAAGGAGGGCAAGAAGUUCCGUGUGAUCGUCGUGGACUCACGCCCCAAGCACGAAGGCAAGGAGCUGCUGCAUCGUCUGGUGCGCCAGGGCGUCAAGUGCACGUACAUCCUGCUCAACGCCAUCAGUUACAUCAUGAAGGAGGUGACCAAGGUGUUUGUGGGCGCCUGCUCGAUCCUCUCCAAUGGCAACCUGUUGUCACGUGCCGGCACUGCGCUGGUGGCUUCGAUGGCGCACUUUUACAACGUGCCAUUCAUUGUGUGCUGCGAGACCUACAAGUUCACGGAGAAGGCGCAGCUGGACUCGAUCUGCUCCAACGACCUGGGCGAUCCAAACGAUUUGGCUUCGAACCUGAGCGAGAAGGAGUUGCUCAGCGAUAGCAUCCUGAAAGAUUGGAAGAACAUUGACAACCUCAAGCUACUGAAUCCCAUGUACGACCUGACGCCCAUCGAGCUCAUUGACAUGGUUAUCACCGAGUUUGGCAUGGUUCCUCCCACAUCAAUUCCUGUCAUCCUAAGAGAGUACAGGAAAGAGAUUACCAUUUAA